GCGGAGUGCGUCGCGACGCUGCUAACAAUACAGUGACGUGUGUGUGUCACAUGGGGAUGUGCUGAGUGUGACGUCAUCAUGUACUCAACGUCCUCAGCUACGUCACAGAUAGUGAAGCACCUAUAGUGCAGUGUGAGCCAAGCUCGGUCUCCAAGGAUGGAUUUGAUUCUAACAUUGUUGACUUGCGCAGUCACCUGCAACGCGCUAGCUUUUCUCAAAGGAUCAGCAAAAGAAGAACUUCAAGAACCUUUUCUAAGUGUAAGACCAGGUUGGGAGGCCAAGGAGGAGAGACCAGUAGCUUUACUGACAGAGCCGGACUUUGUUGGUCCAAUGUCUAACCUGACAGUUCCUCUAGGCAAGGAAGCGGUGCUAUCGUGUCUCAUAGACAAACUAGGGAAAUACAGGGUUGGCUGGCUCCGCGCAGAAGACCAAACCAUCUUGAGUCUUCAUACGAGGGUCGUCACACACAACUCCAGGAUAUCAGUGACGCACGACAACCAUCGUAACUGGCAACUGCACAUCAAACAAGUCAAAGAAUCUGACAGAGGAUGUUACAUGUGUCAGGUUAACACGAACAUUAUGAAGAAGAUGGUCGGCUGCAUAGACGUGCUGGUUCCACCAGAUAUAAUCAAUGACGAGUCGUCUUCAGACACGUCAGUGCAGGAGGGAGAAAACGCUACUUUGAUUUGCACCGCCUCAGGACAUCCGACUCCUAGAAUCUUCUGGAGAAGAGAGGACCAGGAUGGCAUCAUCAUACGGAAGGGGCCAAGGGACAUACUGAAAUUGGACGCGUACAAUGGCAGUGCGAUGACCUUCUGGAAGGUAGACCGAAGACAGAUGGGAGUCUAUUUCUGCAUCGCCAGCAACGACGUUCCUCCAGCGGUCAGCAAGCGGGUCACCUUCAAUGUCAAUUUUGCUCCGGUCAUUAAGGUGCCCAACCAACUUCUAGGAGCUCCUCUGGGAACGGACGUACAACUGGAGUGUUACGUGGAAGCCUUCCCAAACACAAUCAACUACUGGAUAAAAAACCGCGGGGAGAUGCUCCUGGAUGGAGUGAAGUACUCUAUACACGAGAACAGAUCCAACUACAAGGUUUUCAUGUGGCUAAUCAUCAGACAGUUCAGCCAAGCAGACAUUGGCACGUAUAACUGCGUCAGCACAAACUCACUAGGUCGUGCUGAGGGAACUCUUAGACUUUACGGAUUGGCGGAAACCACAAAGAGCCACACUUCCGCUUCCAACGGAAGUCGAGAAAACAGCGAUUCUUCCGGAAGCUGUCUGUUAGCGUCCUCUCUGCUGUUAGCUUCCGCCGCCAUUUUGUCAUCGAGGUAACCUUUUUGAUGGUGACAUUUCCACGACUGAAAUAAGUGUUUCCUUCCCAAGAGGACUCGAUGGGUUUUCACAGUGUUGGCAAAAAGGUUUCUUCCAAUUUAGAAAUGGAAAACUUUAAUCAUAAUUUUUGUUAACAAUCCUGUUAGGCAAAGGAAAAUUCCCUGUAAAAAACAGAUUAUUAGAAGAAAUAAAAAAUAUAUAAAGAUAGGUAUUAAUAAUUUCUAAUAAUUUCAUUUUUAAGAUAGAAAAAAAUAUUUGUCAAUAAAGAUUUAAUACAAAUGAUAUUUUAUA